GCAGACGCUAUCUACAACAUGAUUGGCUACCCCAAGUUCAUCAUGGACCCCAAGGAGCUGGAUAAAGUCUUCAGUGAUUAUGAGGCCGUGUCCGACCUCUACUUCGAGAACGUCAUGCAGUUUUACAACUUCUCGGCCAGGGUCACCGCCGACCAGCUCCGGAAGCCGCCGAACCGGGACCAGUGGAGCAUGACGCCUCCGACCGUCAACGCGUACUACUCUCCCACCAAGAACGAGAUCGUCUUCCCCGCCGGCAUCCUCCAGGCCCCUUUUUACACCCGUGCGUCUCCCAAGUCGCUGAAUUUUGGUGGGAUCGGCGUGGUGGUGGGCCAUGAGUUGACGCAUGCCUUCGAUGACCAAGGCCGGGAAUACGACAAGGACGGCAACCUGCGUCCCUGGUGGAAGAACUCCUCGGUGGAGGCCUUCAAGCGUCAGACAGCGUGCAUGGUGGAGCAGUACGGCAACUACACCGUCAACAGCGAGGCCAUCAAUGGCAAGCACACCCUCGGGGAGAACAUCGCCGACAACGGGGGCCUCAAGGCUGCCUACCGGGCGUAUCAAAACUGGCUGAAGAAGAAUGGGGAUGAGGAAACCCUCCCGACGCUCGGCCUCACCAACCACCAGCUCUUCUUUGUUGGCUUCGCCCAGGUGUGGUGUUCGGUUCGCACACCGGAGAGCUCACACGAGGGACUCAUCACCGACCCCCACAGCCCCUCGCGUUUCCGAGUCAUCGGCACCGUCUCCAACUCCCGGGAGUUUGCGGAGCAUUUCAGCUGCCCCCUCGGCUCCCCCAUGAAUCCCCCCAGGAAGUGCGAAGUCUGGUGAUGGGCGAGUGCCCGAGGGAACCAGCUGCCGGUUGCUUCGUCCUCAGCUGACGGCUGAAUUUCCCUGGGCCUUUUCGAGGGGCUCAAACCACUUCUCCGUGCAACGAACUGCCCAGCUCUCAGCCGGAGCGACGCUCCGCGUCCCCGGUAUCGUCUGAGGUUCGAUCCACUGUGAAAACUCCUCAUCCGCUCACUUGUUUGUGAAACGACUUCGAUUCAGGGGUCUUUUCAUUCCCACCAUGACCAGGCCGUGCGUUGAGGCACGUG